GGUAUUGGAGACGCCAUGUACCACACAGUUGUUUCUCCCAGGCCAUUUGUUCCUUGGUACCUCUCCAAGUCCCUGAUGGCAGUGUUGAGGCACAUACUGUUCUUCGGACCGAGCCUUAGAGCACCCGAAGCCGUUGCAGCCAACGGCCGCUGCCCUCGAGGCCGCAGUAACGGUCUCUCCCGCUGGCACGUGCGGAGGCGCCCCGGGGGGCGGGGCGAGGGCUGUGCCCGCGGGGCCCGCCCCGCGCUGCUCCGAUACCGACCGGCAUGGCGGGAGCGAUCGGGCGGCUGCUGCGCGGGCGCGGGUGCGGCCGCCGGCUGGGCAGCGUCCUAUUCGUAUGAACGUAUGCAGAAGAUUCGUGAACAAAGUAUUUCUCCUUCACUGCGAAUGUAUUACAAGAAGCCAUUGUUGCUGCAUCAAGGACAUAUGCAGUGGUUGUUUGAUUACAAAGGACAAAGAUACCUUGAUCUCUUUGCUGGAAUUGUCACUGUCAGUGUUGGUCACUGUCACCCGAAGGUAACUAUGGCUACCCAGAAACAGCUUGCUCGCCUGUGGCAUACCACUAAUAUCUACAUGCACCCGUCAAUCCAAGAAUAUGCUGAAAAGCUAACUUCUCUUUUUCCAGAUCCACUUAAGGUGGUUUAUCUAACAAACAGUGGGUCAGAAGCCAACGAUUUGGCGAUGUUCAUGGCAAGGCUAUAUACUCGUAACUUCGACUUCGUCUGUUUCAGAGGAGCGUACCAUGGAGGCAGCCCAUACGCGCUGGGAUUGACAUCUAUUGGUCUUUAUAAGCAUGGUGUUGCCAAUGGCUUUGGCUGCUCAACAACAAUGUUACCAGAUGUUUUUCGUGGUCCAUGGGGAGGCAACCAUUGUAGAGAUUCUCCAGUGCAAACUAUUCGAAAAUGCAGCUGUUCAGAAGGUGUUUGUCAUGCAAAUGACCAGUACAUUGAACAGUUCAAAGAUACUCUGAAUACCUCAGUGCCAAAGACAAUAGCUGGAUUUAUCGCCGAACCCAUUCAAGGUGUUAAUGGAGUUGUUCAGUACCCAAGAAAUUUCUUGAAGGAAGCUUAUCAGCUAGUACGGGAAAGAGGUGGCGUUUGUGUUUCAGAUGAAGUACAGACAGGUUUUGGACGGACAGGCAGCCAUUUCUGGGGAUUUCAAACACAUGAUGUAGUCCCUGACAUUGUUACUUUGGCAAAAGGAAUUGGUAAUGGCUUUCCAAUGGCAGCUGUUGUUACAACAAAAGAGAUUGCAAGUUCCUUGGCUCAAAACCUUCACAUUAAUACAUUUGGAGGAAGCCCUUUGGCCUGCGUAGUUGGAGCUGCUGUUCUUGAUGCUAUUGAAGAAGAUGGUCUACAAAAAAACAGUGAGGAUGUGGGAACUUAUAUGCUACUGGAGCUGGCUAAACUACGGCAUAAAUUCGAGAUUGUUGGAGAUGUCCGUGGCAAGGGACUUAUGAUUGGGAUAGAAAUGGUGACAGAUAAGGACAGUCGCCGCCCUCUUCCAGCUGAGGAAGUCAGUCAGAUCUGGGAGGACUGUAAAGACAUGGGGAUUCUGAUCGGCAGAGGAGGACUCUACAGUCAGACAUUCAGAAUUAAACCACCUAUGUGCAUUACUAAAAAGGAUGUCGACUUUGCCGUGGAAGUAUUUCAUACUGCUUUACAGAGACACAUGGAAAGAACAGCUGCAAAAUAGACUUGUUUCGUUACAUGAGAUGCACACAGAACCCCUGAUAACUUGUCAACCAGACUCCGCACUGAUCUGCGCUGGAUAAGAAGAUCAUAAUCCGAAGCUGAAGUACUUGUUCAAUAUCAUAAGAAUAGUCUGAUAGAUUGAGCGUUUAAUAGGCUCUAAUCUGUUUUGUAAACAUACAGUUCAGUUCUACAGUAGUGUCAUGUAUUAGCUGUACACCUAUUCUAGCAUUAGCAUAAAAAAAACUGAUUGGAUUAACUGACUAUCAGAUGAAGAGGCAAACAUAUAUUCAUCUUUUAUCAAAGAAAGUAAUAUAAAAAUUAGUCAUUUUUAGAAAGAGUGAUAGGAAAAUAAUAAAGUUUGCUUGAGAAAGUA